AUGGCGCGCAUAAACCGUUACUUGGAUGCCCCAGAUAUAAUAACUGGGAAUACCGCUCCAAUGGAUCCAGCAAUGAAACAACGCUUAUUACGUCAUUUGGAUAGCUGCGUAUCAGAGUUGGAUUUGGACUUGGGUUCCCGACCAGACAGUGGAAUGGGCAGUAGUCCAGGGAGCGUCGCAGAUCGCAUAUCAGGUGUAACGAGCCCAAAUCCUCUUGACCAGUAUACACCAGUAGCGUCCCACUGUAGUACAGCAUUGACCUCGGCAGUGAUGAAAUCAGAAAUUUCAGAAUUGGAGACACCGAGACCAGACAGCAGCACAACAGCAGGAGAUGAGAACAACAACAGCAGUAGGCCACCAUCAGCUUUCAGUCAAGCUCAUCCGCCAACUCUAGAUACUCAUUUCCCGGGAGGUAUUAUCAUCAACCAGCAAUCGAUGUCAGGAUCAAAUCCUAAUAUGCUCUCAGUGGUACAGGUAAUCCCUUCGAGGUUACCCGAUGGACAAGUCGUUUUUUUACUUCCUAGUCACUACGUUCAGUUAGCUGCCGCUGCAGCUGCAAAUGGCAUUAGCAUUGGACCUAACCCGCCCACUGCUAUUUGGGCGGCGACAAAUAUGUCAAUGCUGAGAGCCACUGACAAACUUGUAAAGAGACCACAUGUAAACAUGUCGCAAGACUGGACACCUGAUGGUAGUAAACCACCAAAAAGUCGAAGGAUUGAGCCAUCCGAACAACCAUUGGAUUUUACUACAACUUCGCAGAAGUUGAAGACACGACUUGAGCUCCAAGCACAGACUGAAUUGAAUAUAUGUGAUGAAAGGCGACCUAGUCAUGUCGAAAGUGAAGGACUUAUAGCAACAUCACCCAGUAGACAAGUACCAGUGAAGGAGGAGGAAGCCAUGUGGAGGCCUUGGUGAAAUAAGAAUUCACUUUGCUUCCAUUGCAACCAACGUGAUUAAACGAUUAAAAUGACACGUAAUAUGUACAUAGUCAUGCCGGAGGACAACAAAGAAUUAUUCCUAUUUGCGAGAUAUAGAUUUAUUUGGAUGUUAUCUAGGUAUAUGUGCAUCAAAUAUCCAAACCUAAUUGAGUGAAAGAUUCAACAAUAAGAACUUGUGGACUGAUUGAAGUUUGCUUACUAGGUUUAGAUAAUUGAAAUUGAGUGGAAAUGAGAUCAUUCAAAAGAUAAUACGCCAAAAAUUUAUUCAAAAGAACUGUUCAUGAUUAUGCAUGAUGGGAUAAAUUUCCUUUUCUCUUGGAAUAUAUCAAUGAAAUUCAGUGUUCGAUGUACUUAGUUAUUCAAUCAAUAUGAGAAUAAAUAUCUGCAAACAUGCAAA